CCGUGGGCUUAGUUUGUGAGACGCUUUCGAAGCGACAAGUAGUAGUUGAUAGCGACACCGGCGGACAGCGGCAGGAGAAAGGCGAAUGCACGCGUUCGGGGAUCCAUUCAAAAUUAGAAAACGUUGCACAGCCCAACAGUCAAAGAAGCGGACAAAAAAAAGAAGAAAGACCUGAACAAAUAUCUAAAGGAAAAUCCCGAAAUUAAAUUGUACAAUUUUCAUUGUAAAUAUCAGUGAAGCAGAAAACUGCAUUGAACUGAGAACGUGUCGCCUUUUUGGUAUGUCAUAAGUGGCAUUCAUUUUCAUUCAUUCCCAUGUGCGCCGCUGCAACAUAAACAGCGAUCCGAUCCGAUCCGAGCCGAUCCAAGCAUAAAGACAAAUGGGAAAAUAGAACGCAAACACAACCCGUGAGACAUAGAUAAAUAGCACAGAAAAACAGACCGAGGCAUCGAGGCAUCGAGGCAUUGCAUUGCGAGGGAGCGCAGCGCAGCGUUGAGUGAAAGUGAAUAUCGAUCGGAUCUUCUGACGGGGCGAAGGAACGGCACAGCCUUAUCUGCGCAUUCGGUGUCAGAGGCUCAAAGUGAACGCACUCGCAGACAGAGCGACAGAGAUCGAUCCAGCUGAAACCCAAGUGAACGAUCGAGCAUUGAAGAAGUCCCAGCUCAAAAACGGACUGCAAAGAAGUAAACAAAUCCCCCAAUCAAUCCGAACUGUGAUACUUUGGCCAUGACCAAAUCAAAGGCAAAUGACAAUCCGGAAAAGACGCGCGAGCACAUCAGCGAGGAGAGCAUGAAGGAUCUGCUCACCAAGCAGCUGGAAAUCGUUGGCAGUGGCGGGGCAUACGUCUGGGCCAUUUUCUUCCUGUGCGUCACCCCCAACAUACUGAACGGAUUCCAUGUGUCCUCCUACACACUGCUGGGACACCUGCCGGAGGAUCAGUGGUGCGGCCUGCCCGAUCUGGAUGCCACCAACUGGACGCUGGCCCAGAGGCGGCACAUAGCCGAGGGCGGCCUCAACUCGGGCGGCUGCACGGUGUGGGACUGGAACUACAAGCGUCUCGGCCAAAUGUCCUACGAGGCGGCCCUCAACUACACCAGCCACAUGUCGGAGAUCAGCAGGCCCGCGGAGGUGUCGUGCAAGGUGAAGGGCAGCUACGAGUACGCCGAUCCGGAGAGCACCUUCGUCUCCGACUGGGAUCUGACCUGCGAGAGGAGUAUUCAGCGCACCUCAGCACAGGUCUCCCUGUCGCUGGGCAAGUUCUGUGGCUCCUUCUCCUUUGGCAUCCUGGCAGACAAAUUUGGUCGCAAGACUUCCUUUACCCUGGGUGCCGCCUUCUUCGUUGUGGGCAGCUUCUUCUGCACCUUCUCCCCCUGGUACAGUCUCUUCCUGGCGGGUCGCUUUGCCCUUGGUGCUGCCUCCUCGGGACUCUUCUACCCAGCCUUUACCAUGAUUGUGGAAAAUGUGUGCCUAAAGCAUCGCUCCUGGAUGUCGAUUGCCUUCUCCGCCUCCUAUCCCAUUGGCAUGAUCAUCUUGGCCAUUAUCGGCUACCUCAUACAGCCCUGGCGGCACCUGCAACUAGCCCUGACCAUACCCUCGCUUCUGCUCAUCCUCAACUGCUAUCUGAUGAAUGAAUCACCUCGUUGGCUCAUAACGAACCAGCGCUACGAUCGUGUGUACAAGAUCCUCUUCAAGCAGCCCAGCCACUACGAGAUUCAGCCAGCGCUGGCCGCCCCCUCCGCGGACCUCGUCACCGAUAAGAAGUCGCUGGAACCAGAAGGCGGCUCCUCCGUCUCGCUGCUGGACAAACUGAAGAGUGGCCCACUCAAGUCCAUCAUCGAGCUCUUUGCCAAUCCCAGUGUACGCAAGCUGAUCUUCACCUCCUACUUCAUGUUCUGCGUGACAUCGCUGAGUUACUACGUGACGGCUCUGAAUGCGGCCAACCUGUCGGUGAGUCGGUAUCUGUACAUCGUGGCCACUGGGCUCGUGGACAUCCCCUCGUACUUGGUGCCGGUCAUCAUGCUGCGAUUCACGGGUCGCCGCAUCACAACCAGUUUCCUGUUCCUGUGGACGGGCGUCUCGCUGCUGCUGGUGCUCGCCGUGCCCACGGGCAGCACCACCUGGAUCGUGGCCUUCGCCAUGCUGGGCCGCUUCGGCAUCAGUGCCACCUACUCCGUGGUCACGCUCUACACGGCGGAGCUGUAUCCCACCCAGAUCCGUAACUCUGCACUGGGCACCUGCUCCACGUUCGCCCAUGUUGGAUCCAUUUCGGCACCGUAUGUGGUCGAUGUCCUGGGUGCCUUCGGCUGGUACAUUCCAACGACUAUCUGCGGCUGCUGCGUUCUAGUAGCUGGCCUGCUGACCCUCACUCUGCCCGAAACGGGCACCGACAAGCUCUCCGACAAGAUCGAUGGAGCUGCAGCUGCUGGUGCUCCUGCUGUGGCUGCCACCGAUGCAGCACAGCCGGAGAAGAAGUGAGCCUUAGCUUAGUUAGUCCUACGUCUCGUUUAGUGUACAAUAUUUAGGAGUAAAAGUAUCGUUAACUGCAGUACUCUAGCCACUAAGUUCGCUGUUAGUCCUUGCAUUCUUUUAGCGUAUAUUCGUAAUUGUUUUCUGUUUGAUAUCGUAUAAUAAAGCGCUUAUACACGUCA